AUGUUGUCAUCAGCAAAGCAUCAGAGAAACCAUAGAGUCUCUGCUACAAACAAGAACAAGACUCUCAACAAAGUUCCUUCCAUUUCUUCCUCAUCACCACCACCAUCAUCAUCAUCAUCCUCAUCAUCAUCAUCAUUUUCUCCUUCACACUCACAAGACUCUCAAGCCCAAAAGAGAUCUCUAGUCACCAUGGAAGAAGUUUGGAAAGACAUCAACCUCUCUUCCAUCCACCAACUCAACCGCCGCAGCCAACAUCCACAGCAAAACCAUGAGCCAAGGUUCAGGAGCCACGACCACCAGAACCAAAACCCUAACUCCAUCUUCCAAGAUUUUCUCAACGGACCUUUGAACCAGGAACCGACAAUACCGACAAGCCUCACCAUGGGCUCUGCCUCUAAUGGCGACACCACCACUGUCACUGCUCUCUUCAGCAGCUCUCCUUUGCCAGCACCUGCAACUGUUCUGAGCUUGAAUUCCGGAGCUGGCUUCGAGUUUCUUGAUAACCAAGAUCAUCUUGUUUCCCCAAACUCCAAUCUGCACAGCGACCGUGCCCUCACAAACGUUUCUUCCUUCGACACCCCUUUUGAGGCUCUGGUUACAUCCACUUGCUUUGGUAAGAAAAGAGGCCAAGAGUCCAAUGAAGGUUCAGGGAAUAGGAGACAUAAGCGUAUGAUCAAGAACAGAGAAUCUGCUGCUCGUUCCAGAGCUAGGAAACAGGAAUGUGCUUAUACAAACGAGUUAGAGCUUGAAGUUGCUCACCUGCACGCAGAAAAUGCAAGACUCAAGAGACAGCAAGAUCAGUUAAGAAUGGCGGCAGCAAAUCAGCAACCCAAAAAGAACACACUUCAACGGUCCUCCACAGCUCCAUUUUGA